AUGGGUGCCUGCAGCUCCAAGUCGACCAACAUCGCCGACCCGGUGAUGCAGCCGGAGCAGAUCAGCGCUCCCGCCGACACCGCCGCCGUCGUCGCCACGCCCGAGGUCGCGCCCGCCGAGACGCCCGCCGCCGACGCGGCGGCUGCACCCUCGGCCGUGACGCCCGAGGCGGAGGAGCCCGCUGCAGAGGAGCCCAAGGACGAGGUCGCGGCCGAAGAGAGCGCAGCCGAGGAGGCGCCUGCCGAAGCGGCCGACGAGGUGCCUCCGCCGACCGAGCCGGUCAAGUCGUCCUCCAUCUUGGGCCAGGUGGUCGACUACCUCUCGGGCCGCAAGUCUGAGCCUGCUGUCGAGGAGACCGAGGCGGUCGAGACGGCGGAGGCCGACGCGCCGGCGGCGGAGGUGGAGCAGCCGGUCGCACGCGCGCUGACUGGGGCGGUCGAUGCGGUCGCCCAGCGCGACGACGCUGAGCAAGAGGAGGCUCGCGUCGAGUGGCGGGCAUACACCCUGGCGGCGGGAGAGGCGGGCCUCGCCCGCGAGAUGAGCGUCACGCCAGAGGAGCUUGCUGAGGUCGAGGCACGGCUCGCCUACGGCCACGCGGCCGCGGCGGCCGAGGCUGCCGAGACUGCCGAGGUCGCGGCUCCGGAGCCUGCGGCCGAGGCUGCGCCUGAGGCUGCUCCAGAGGCUGCUCCAGAGGCGGCGCCCGAGGCGGCGGUCGAGGCGGCGCCCGCGGUCGCUCCCGAGGAGGAGGAGGAGGGGCCACCGACGCUGAUCCAGAAGCUGUCCAAGGCCUUCUCGAGCCUCCUGCCCGCCGCGCCAAAGUGCAUGCCCUCCCGCCCCGCGCUUGACGAGGAGCCGGCCGACAGCGACACGCCGGCGCCUGCCGAGCCAGCCGCGGCGCAGUGGGGCACCAAGCGCAUCAGCCAGCAGCACUGGAAGUAG